CGAAGAGUGGGAAAGCUAGCGCUAGCUGGCGUUCGGUAAUCAAUCUGUUGUGAAUAUGCGUCUUAGUUAUCUUUUGGUAGCGCUAAUCCAGCUGUGAUGUGGCUGAUGCGCGCCGCCUGGGUGUUUGACAGGUGAAAAGUAUUGCCUCACGUGGUUAAGGGUCGGGGACCCUGUGCGGAGUGACGCAGUAUUCUAGUCAACAGGUCGAGCCCGACUAUCUCGGGCACGCAGUGGUUAUUAUGGCUGGUGGUGGAGGAUGUGGGGGCAGCAGUCCGUGUGAUCGUGACCGGCAGUACUGCGAGUUGUGCGGGAAGAUGGAGAACCUGCUGCUGUGCGGCCGCUGCCGGAGCUCCUUCUACUGCAGCAAAGAGCAUCAGCGGCAGGACUGGAAGAAGCACAAACUGGUCUGCAAGGGGAGCCCGGCAACUACCCCGGGGGCAAACACCGGCACUGCCCUGCAAAAGGACCCCAAAAAGGAACCGCCGCAGCAGCCUCCUCCUGCGCCCUCAACCCCGGCACAAGAUGCCCCAGACGCCGCGGAGGCUAAAAGUGCGGGGGGUGGCUGGCAGAGGGAGCUGGUGGUCGGAGGGGCCACGCUGAGGGCCAUCAAGGAAGAGGAUUACACCCAGACCUCCGGGGAGGCAGGGGGGAGCAGCACGGCGAGGAGGAGAGAGGGAGUCGGGCGGCCGAAUGGCCAGACGAAGCCGCUGCUGCAGAAGCUGGCGCAGGAGUACAUCGCUCCGUGCAUGAGCAAGCAUGGCAUCUGUGUGCUGGACGACUUCCUGGGCCAGGAGCUGGGGGAGAGGAUCGUGUCCGAGGUGAAAGCCCUGCACAAGACCGGCCGCUUUACAGACGGGCAGCUCGUUAACCAGAAGAGCGACUCGACCCGGGACAUCCGCGGCGAUCAGAUCACCUGGGUGGAGGGGAAGGAGGCCGGCUGCAGCGCGAUAAGGGAGCUCAUGAGCAGCAUGGACGAUCUCAUCCGGCACUGCAAUGGCAAGCUGGACAGCUUCAGGAUCAACGGCAGGACGAAGGGGAUGGUAGCGUGUUACCCAGGAAAAGGAACAGGAUAUGUGAGACAUGUUGAUAAUCCCAAUGGAGAUGGAAGAUGUGUCACUUGCAUAUACUAUCUUAAUAAAGACUGGGAUGUGAAGACCAAUGGAGGUGUGCUUCGAAUAUUUCCAGAAGGUAAAGCCCAGUAUGCAGACAUUGAACCGAAAUUUGAUAGACUGCUGUUUUUCUGGUCGGACCGUCGCAAUCCUCAUGAAGUUCAGCCAGCCUUUGCUACAAGGUACGCAAUAACAGUGUGGUAUUUUGAUGCUGAAGAAAGAGCCAGAGCAAAAGAAAAAUAUUUAGACACAGGAGAAAAAGGAGUGCGAAUUGAACUUAAUAAGUCAUCUGAUUCGGGUGUGAAAUAAGUCUCUUUGAAGCUUCUAUU